GAAAGAAGAAUUCUAGUGAAUAAACUUAGGUGUUUUUUACAAACGCAUCUAAUGGAAACUAGUGAUGACGUCACUCAAAUGUCGGAGCCAAAAUGGAUGUUAUGUAUAACAUAACUCUUGAAAGGCAAAAGUUCUACGCUGCUCACGACUUCAAGAAUUUGGCGGGGACUGACGACGUUGAGGUCGUCUAUACUUGGAAGAUGGACUUCAACCGCAGUAUGCUGGGCGCGGCAACGCUGCUGGUGCCGAAGACCACCAAAGUGCCACCUUCAUCCAACACUAUGCCCAUGUGGGCUCACAACUCCUGGGUUUGUCUCUUCGCAGCCAUGCUAGCAGUCGCCAUUGGCGGGAAUGCGAUAGUCAUAUGGAUUGUUGCAGCUCACAGAAGAAUGCGCACCGUCACUAACUACUUCUUGGUGAAUCUCUCAUUCGCUGACCUGAUGAUGGCGUCACUAAACUGCUUGUUUAACUUCAUCUACAUGUUACAUAGUGACUGGGUGUUCGGCGUGCGGUAUUGCAAGUUGAGCAACUUCAUCGCAAACGUGACGGUCGCGGCCAGCGUGUUCACGCUCACUGGCAUCUCAUUUGACAGGUAUCAAGCCAUCGUCAGGCCGAUGCGACCGCGGAUGUCCAAGACCUGCUCCCUCGUCAUGAUCGCCGCCAUAUGGGUCAGUGGAAUGCUGCUGGCUAUCCCGUGUCUACUUUAUUCCACUACUAAGGAGUACAGGUCUAAAGGAACUUUGAAAACAGCGUGCCUGUUGUCGUGGCCGGACGGACUACCUGACGUCUCUUACAUGGACUUUAUGUACCAAGUUCUGUUCUUCGUUGUGACAUAUGCUGUUCCUAUGUUGGGAAUGACGUUCUUCUAUUCAGCGAUGGGAAGAGUGCUGUGGGGUUCUCGGUCCAUCGGCGAGAUGACACAGAGACAGGUGGACUCAAUACGAUCUAAAAGAAAGGUCGUGAAGAUGUUCAUCCUAGUGAUAGUGAUAUUCGGCAUCUGCUGGCUUCCAUACCAUACAUACUUCAUCUACACGCACUUCAACCCAUCGAUCCUCUACAUGAAGUAUGUACAGCACGUCUACCUGGGCUUUUACUGGCUCGCCAUGGCCAACGCUAUGGUCAACCCCAUUAUAUACUACUGGAUGAAUGCCAAGUAA